UAACAAAAAAAUGUAAUGAAAAAUAAAGAAAUAUAUAGUUUUAGUCCAUUUCUCUUCCUUUACACCUAAUUCAAUUACAUAUCUUUUUCUUACCAAAAUUUCCUUCUCGUUCCUCACCUAAGCUUUUGUUUCCCUUCUCUUUGUGCUUUCCACUUUCUCUCCAUCCAAACAAGACUUUGUCUUCCUCAUCUUAGGUUUGUCGGGAAACGGAAUCGGAGGACGAUAUGAUUGAUGACUCGGAAGACGAUUUCUACAGCGGCGAUUUGAGCUAUUGCUACGACGACCCCAACGACAACGAUUAUUACUCCGACGAUGACAAUGAUUACGGCUUACUUGAAGACGGAGAUGAGGACGAUCAAGAUGCCAUGAUUUCUCGUCGCCCUCAGCUAAGUUAUACUGUUUUGAAGGAAGCAGAUAUAAAACAACGACAGGAGGAUGAUAUUUCUAAGGUUUCUACUGUUCUUUCAAUAUCAAGAGUUGAGGCAACUAUUUUGCUCCGAUACUUUAAUUGGAGUGUCAGUAAAGUACACGAUGAAUGGUUUGCCGAUGAAGGAGGAGUUCGGCAAUCUGUUGGAUUGUUGGAGAGACCGGCUGUUCAAGUAUCCAAUUCUAGAGAACUCACUUGCGGGAUUUGUUUUGAAUCUCUUCUGCAUGACAAUAUUACUUCAGCUGCUUGUGGUCAUCCUUUUUGCUUUUCUUGCUGGCGAGGUUACAUUUCCACAACCAUUAAGGAUGGUCCUGGUUGUUUAUCACUGAGAUGUCCCGAUCCAUCUUGCAAUGUUGCUGUUGGCCAAGAUAUGAUUGAUAAAGUGGCAACUUGUGAAGAAAAAAUGAAGUAUUCUCGUUACCUACUUAGGUCCUAUAUUGAAGACAGCAGGAAGACCAAGUGGUGUCCUGCACCGGGGUGUGAGUAUGCUGUUGAUUUUGCUGUUGGCGGUGAAAAUUUUGAUGUCUCCUGCAUAUGCUCACACAGCUUUUGCUGGAAUUGUACCGAAGAAGCUCAUCGUCCCGUCGACUGUGAUACUGUGGCGAAAUGGAUCUUGAAGAACAGUGCAGAGUCAGAAAACAUGAACUGGAUACUAGCCAACUCCAAGCCUUGCCCCAAAUGCAAGCGGCCAAUUGAAAAGAACCAAGGUUGUAUGCACAUUACAUGCACCCCACCUUGUAAAUUUGAGUUUUGCUGGUUAUGCCUUGGUGCAUGGGCAGAACAUGGUGAGAGAACUGGUGGUUUCUAUGCUUGUAACCGUUAUGAAGCCGCUAAGCAAGAGGGUGUGUACGAUGAGGCUGAAAGAAGGCGAGAAAUGGCAAAGAACUCCUUGGAGAAAUACACCCAUUAUUAUGAACGCUGGGCAAGCAAUCAAUUGUCGAGACAAAAAGCUCUUGCAGAUUUAAAUCAGAUGCACACUGUGCAACUUGAGAAGCUGAGUGACUUACAAUGCACACCCGAGUCCCAGCUUAAGUUUAUAACAGAGGCAUGGCUUCAGAUAGUUGAAUGUAGACGAGUUCUCAAAUGGACUUAUGCGUAUGGAUAUUACCGUCCUGAGCGUGAGCAUGCUAAGAGACAAUUUUUUGAGUACUUGCAAGGGGAGGCCGAGUCUGGUUUGGAAAGGCUUCAUCAGUGUGCCGAGAAGGAAUUAAAUAAAUUUGUUACUGGCGAUGGCCCAUCAAAGGAGUUUGAUGACUUUCGUGCAAAGUUAGCUGGGCUAACUAGCGUGACAAAGAAUUACUUUGAGAAUUUGGUUAGAGCACUUGAAAAUGGCCUAGCAGACGUCGACUCCCAGGCUGCAGCCGCCAGCAGUAAGACAACGAGCUCGAAAAAUACAGGAGGGACUAGCAAAAGAGGGGGCAGGGGAAAAGGGAGUUCUAAAUCUGGUGGUUCAAGCUGAAAUGUAGAUGAUACGGGUAAUUAGUCUUGUAAACUGCUGUGCCACUAUUUCCCCACGGGGAGGAUCCUACCGUUUAUCGUAAGUGUUAUCUUUUGCUGUAUAUAUAUCUAUAUAAUAUAUGUACACAUACAUAUAAUACACAACAUAUUACCAUAUAUAUAUAUAUAACUUGCCAACUUGCUUUUGUUCUU